GUUCCUGUUUGAUCUGUGAGACCUGUCAAAGUCCAGGUGAAGACUGCACUGGUAUGAGACGCACCUGUGGAGAGACUGAAGAUACCUGCCUUACCUUUGUAGGAAUAAAUUCCUUGUGGUCUGACAAAAUCACCGAGACUGUCAAACGCUGCUCUGCUAGCAGCACCUGCUUGCCUGGACCCAUCCGCGUCACCAUCAAUUCUGAGAUCCAUUUCUGGAGCGCCUCCAGCUGUUGCCAAGGAGACCUGUGCAACAACAAAAAGUUGGACAUGCCUCCUGAAAAUACUACCCUCAAUGGGCUGACCUGCCCAGCUUGCUUUAACCUUGGCUCGGAUCAGUGCGAAAUGGUCGAGACUCUGAACUGUGUAGGGGAAGACAAUCAUUGUAUAACCACAUCCGGAACCCUAACUGCUA